UGCCUCACUGCGCCGCUUCCACUUCCUGGAUUCUAGGUCAUAUAACAUAAACACUUCUCUCGAUCCUGGCCCUCUCCUGUGUGCGGUGGUCACUCCGGGACUGACUGGAACCAGACACCGACGAGCUGCCUGUAAAAUAAUCUGUCCAACUGAUCCCACGCAGCAGCUUCCGUCAUGUGUGAUCUCCGACAAGAUAGUAACUUGGAGUCAGAUUACAUAGCUGAUUUCUCCCUGUUGAACAGUCGUCUGGACUCGUUCCGUGGCUCCGGCCUGGCCCGGCAGGUACCAGCAGAGAGGCUGGCCCAGGCUGGCUUCUACUUCACCGGCCCGGCCGACCGGGUCCGCUGUUUCAGCUGUCAACAGACUGUGGAAAACUGGCACAGUGGAGACCGACCUGUAGAGAGGCAUAAAGAGGUCUCCCCAUCGUGCACGUUUCUCAGCUGCUCCCACCGCUCCAGUAUGAACCCCGGUUCCAUCUGCAAUGCUGAGACAGAAGACCUGGAAUAUCGUUUGAGAACGGGAUCAGUGGUUGAUGAGUCCACCUACCCGAUGGCUCCUCACAUGAGGAGCGAGGAGGCGCGGCUUCAGACCUUCUCUUCUUGGCCCUCUUAUGCACCAAUGCGACCCCAGGAUCUGGCCCAAGCCGGGCUCUACUACCUGGGGGAGGGUGACCGGGUGCAGUGUUUCUGCUGUGGUGGCAUGCUGGGUGGCUGGGAACCAGAGGACACUGCCUGGGGAGAGCAUACCAAACAUUAUCCCUGCUGCUACUUCAUCCUUGGCCAUGAUGUGGGCAACAUCCCAUUCCAGGGGGGUAUAGAGGAGGAGUGGGGCAGUACACCACCCCAACACGCUCGAGUCCCUAUGGGCACCUUUGAGGCGAGGCUUGGUAGUUUCGCAGGUGUCCAGCACACGAUCGAUCAUGACAGACUCGCCAGAGCUGGCUUCUACAGCACAGAGGCAGGAGACAAGGUGCUGUGUUUCCGCUGUGGUGGAGGCUUGAAGGCCUGGCAGCCGGAGGAAGACCCUUGGGAAGAGCAUGCAAAACACUACCCUGGAUGCAGCUUCCUAUUGUCAGAAAAGGGACCAGAAUUUGUCAACAGCAUCCAGCUGGCAGACCCACGACGAAAUGGAGCUGCUUCAAGUCAUCAGAAUGGAUUUUCUGGAAAUACAAAUGAUGCACUGCGGUCGGCCGUGGCUCAGAAGGCCGUAGAGAUGGGUCUAAAUCCCUGUGAGGUGGAAAAGACCAUCUUGGAGAAGAUCAGCCGCACAGGCUCAGGCUACUCCAGCUUGGAGGCACUUCUGGAAGAUUGUCUCAACAAUUCACGUGAGAAUGAAACUACAGAGACAGAGAAGCAAGAUGAAAACCCACUGGAGAAGCUGAUAAAGCUGCAGAGGGAAAAACAGUGUAAAAUAUGUAUGGACAGAGACAUUUCUAUCGUCUUCAUCCCAUGCGGUCACCUGGUCAGCUGCAGCGAGUGUUCAAAGUCACUCAUCAAGUGCCCAAUCUGCUGUGGUGCCAUCAAACAGAAGCUCAAGACCUACAUCUCUUAAGGGAAUAAAAUAGAACGCUUGCUGACUUCAAUGCUGCUUUCCCCUCUAACUUUAUAAUAUUGUAUUUUACAAUUAAAUGUAGAUAGCCUGUUAUAUAUUUGAAGACCAAUGUUGUCUGUAUGAAUAUGAGAAUGAAAGAACAAGGAAAUGUUUGGACAAUCUGAAGUGGUACAUAGCUGUUAAUAUUGAGGUGAUAUAAUAUAUAGUAAUUGUUGAUUUUCAAUCAUGAAUACUGACGUCUGUAAAUACACACUUAAAUAUAUUUCCCAUAUUAUAACACUCAUUCUUGCCAGAAGUGCCUUUUGAGUGCUUAAUGCUUUAUGUACUAAUUUCUAGAUUUUAUUUUUCCUUUUGGACAUUUAGCACAAUUACAAUUACAACCUAAACUUCAGAUGUUGUGUCAAUCUCAUUUCAGUUUCAUACACUUAUGAAGCCAGCUCAUUGAUUUAGUUUGGUGUACUUUACCUUCUAGACCUUUAUAAGCUUGCUGCACUGUUUGGAUAUUUCAGGGCAGAUUAGUAAAUCCAUUAACUUUACUCUUAAUUAUACAAGAUAAACUGGUGAGGGCCUUUGUUUAAUGAGUGUGUUGUGAAAUUAUUUUACCAUUACACCAUAACAUCUGUUGUAUCAUCAAGCGUGAAUAAAUUUAAUGAACUGGA